CAGACUCCUUACCCUUACAAUAACUGCCUGGUUGCUCUGGUUCCCCCGCAAUCUGCGUCGGGGUACGGACCGCUUACGAACCGCCAACUCCCAACUACAACCUAAUCAAGGCCACAGUGGCGACACCUUUGCGAAAACUCACCCAGCAGCCUCAGGCUUCGCGCUGCACAAUGCGCGAUCUCCGCAAACAGGCUCUCGAGAGCCACAAGACCAUCUCGCGCAAGGCCCGCUCGCGCGUCGCAUCCACCACAGCCUCAAAAACCAACUCAGCUGUCGCAUCGCCAGCCCAGUCGCGCGCAGCCAGUCGCAGUCGACAUGACACUGACGAUGAAGACGAGCUGAGCGACGGCACCGCAUGGAGCACCGCCUCCAUUGACGAUAUCCUCAACGGCGAAGAUGUGAACAUCUCCGAAGAUGCGUGGAAGACGGAGCUCAACACGCGCAUCGAGCAGAUUAUCAACCUCAAGCGCAGCAGCACUGAGGGGCGCGCCGAAAGCUUGAAUGCAUACGCACAUAUCCUCAUGGCCCGCUACGCAAAGAACGAAGUCGAGGGCCACAUCAACGAACUUGUGUCUUCCAUGAUUAGGAGCAUUAGGCAAGAGACGACAGAAAAUGAGGUUGUCAAGGCCUUGAAAGCACUUGCAGUCACUGCUGUUACCGUCGAUUCCGACACCCUCUACGACGGUGUCGCCGACCAGCUCAAGCGCACCAUACAGUCUUCGUCGUCGAUCCCCGUCAAAGUCAGCGCCACUCAUACUCUCGGUACCACUGCCUUUUUUGCUGGUGCAGGCGACGAUGAGAUAUUGGAUAUUAUGAAUCUUUUCCUUGAGAUUGUCGAGUCAGACGGCGCUUCGAUCGACGCUCAAGACGCAGGCAAUAUUGUGAUUGCUGCACUAGAGGAAUGGGGCCUGUUGGCUACCGAGAUUGAGGAUCUGGAAGAGGAGACCGAGGCCGCCAUGGAGGCCUUUGUUGAGCAACUCGACAGCGCAGACUCGGGUGUGCAAAUUGCAGCAGGCGAGAAUAUUGCGCUCUUGUACGAGAAGUCACUCACUCCACAAGAGGAGGACGAAGAUGUGGAAGAUGAUGCUGAUUCCGACGAUCCGGAGUAUGUGCGCGAUGGGCAAAAACUGGUGAAGCGAUACACAGUCUACCGAAGGCAGGACCAGCUUCUGCAUACCCUCGACGAACUCGCCAACGUCUCGACCCGCCGCAUAUCCAAGAAGGACCGCAAAGCCCUGCACUCUUCGUUUGCAGACAUUCGCAACUCUGUUGAGAAGCCCAGCCGCGGCCCUGCGUACUCGAUGGCGCUGCACGAGGAGACUGGUAGGGCGUAUGGGGCAGGCAGGAUGAAAGUCAAAAUCAACAGGAGUGUUGAAGUCAGGAUUGAUAAGUGGUGGAAAUUACAGAGGCUCAACGCGCUCAGACGGACGUUGCAGGGCGGCUUCACGUACCAUUACGACCAGAACGGGCUGGUGUCGACAGCGAUCCCGUUCUCCAUGUCCGCCAGGCGGUAAUGACGCGGAUGGACAUGGUUGUUUUGGAAUUUGAAGUUUUAGAAAAAGAGUCUCAUUCUUACUCACAUGGAUACCUAGUAGGGAGGGGGUAUUGUUAGGGUUUGCUCGGAUUUUAGUAUGGCAAAAAGAUGCAUGAGCGAGAGAGGGCCUGAGAGCAAGUUUGUCAAGUAGCCAGCAUUCGAUAACUCAUAUCACACCAUGCUUUAC